AUGAUUGACAAUCCUUUUAUUAAUGUCGAACCGCUUGCCGAAACUCAAUGGUCUUAUGUGAUCGCAACAUUGGUCCCGUUACUUUACGAACUUUUCAUAGUAAAAGAUUAUCGCUGUGAUGAAUUUGAUGCACUUGUUUCCGCAAAGCAUAAUGAUGAUAUCACUCGAUACACGCAGAUUCUGCUCUAUUUAGAUUGUUGGUAUCAAUCUAUUUCUGCCUAUUAUGUAGCUUCUGUUAUUCGAGCUCGUGCUCGGCAUGCUACAACAUUGGCACCAGUGAAAGGUAUCGAAUCUUCGUUUUGUCUUUCGUUGAGAAAACAUAGUUGGAUACCAGUUGCCAGCGGACAAUUAUUCAAACCGACCGAUGUCUACUUUUUACCGUUGAAAAAUCCAUUCUAUCGCUAUGUACCUCAUUUGGAUCGAUCGAUAUCGUCGAGGCAUACAAAUUUUAUUAAUUUACUUAUAUUUAAACAAGAAAUAGCUUCAAUGACUAUAUACGGAAUUCCAUAA